AAUCGGUGGUUACACUACCUCUAAUUAGAAGUAUGGCUACAAAACCAGGGAUCCUCACUGACUGGCCAUGGCAGCCUCUUGGUAGCUUCAAGUACGUGGUUCUGGCUCCAUGGGCGGCUCAUAGCACAUACUCAUUCAUGGUAAAGGAAGAAAGUGAGAGAGACAUCGGCUACUUCCUUAUACUUCCAUUCCUUUUGUUGAGGAUGCUUCACAAUCAGAUAUGGAUCUCUCUGUCCCGUUACAGGACAGCCAAAGGCAAUAACAGGAUUGUAGACAAAGGUAUCGAAUUCGAGCAGGUUGAUAGAGAAAGGAGCUGGGAUGACCAGAUAUUGUUCAAUGGAAUCCUAUUUUACGUAGGCUAUCUGAGUCUUCCUGGAAGUCAUAACCUACCCUUUUGGAGAAGCGAUGGUGUGGUUAUCGCAAGUCUACUUCAUGCGGGUCCAGUGGAGUUCCUCUACUACUGGCUUCACAGAGCAUUGCACCACCAUUACCUUUACUCUCGCUACCAUUCCCACCACCAUUCUUCCAUUGCAACCGAACCAAUUACUUCUGUGAUCCAUCCGUUUGCGGAACACAUAGCGUAUUUCAUGCUAUUCGCAAUACCAUUGUUGACAACAAUGCUCACCGGAACUGCCUCUAUACCAUCCUUUGUCGGAUACGUGACAUAUAUUGAUUUCAUGAACAACUUGGGUCACUGCAAUUAUGAGCUCAUUCCAAAAUGGGUCUUUUCCAUCUUUCCCCCUCUCAAGUAUCUCAUGUAUACCCCCUCGUUUCAUUCCCUACAUCACACUCAAUUCCGUACCAAUUAUUCACUUUUCAUGCCUAUUUAUGAUCACAUGUAUGGGACCAUGGACAAGUCCUCGGAUACUCUAUAUGAUGCUUCACUAAAAAGACGUGAAGAGUUACCUGAUGUGGUACAUUUAACGCAUCUAACGACGCUAGAGUCCAUCUAUCAUUUACGGAUAGGAUUUGCCUCCUUGGCCUCUAUGCCCCUCACGUCCAAAUGGUACCUGUGGUUGAUGUGGCCUGUGACAUUUCUAUGGUCUUUGAUUCUAUCUUGGAACUAUGGCCGUGCAUUUGUUUUAGAGAGCAUAACCUUGCAAAAGCUCAAAUUGCAGUCUUGGUUGAUACCAAGAUACAAUAUACAUUACAUGUUCAAAUGGCAGAAGGGACUCCCUCAACAACGAUUGAAGAAGCUAUACUAGAUGCUGAAC